AUGUUUUAUUUUGACGAAGAUAAUAGCCGUCAAAUUUAUGGUUUAUCACCAUAUGGUGAAAUAAAUAUAAAAAAGAAAACAAAUGUUUUAGAAAAUUCAAAUUUAAUAAAAGGAAAUAAUCAACCAUCUUCAUUUAUUGAAAAACUUUGUCAAAAUUUAUAUUGUGAUGAUGAUGAAAUAGUAUUUCCAAAUGAAUUUUAUGAAAAUUAUGAAUUUUGUAGUGGUAGAAAUUUAGGAAGAGGAGCUUAUGGCACUGUUGAAACAGUUAUAUCAUACCAUGAUGGUAAAGAGUACGCCGUUAAAUUAAUUGAUAAAAUUACUCAAUCACAUACAAGAUCACGUGUCAUUAAUGAAGUUAAACUUUUUUGUCUCUCAAAGAAUGAACCUAAUAUAGUGCAAUUAGUUGAUGUCUUUGAAGAUUGUGAUUAUUAUUAUCUUGUUUUUGAAAAAAUGAAUGGCGGACCUCUUUUAGACCAUAUUACAGACAAAAAUUGUUUUACUGAACAAGAAGCUAGUAUGGUUACUAGUAAAAUUGCUAAAGGUAUCAAAUUUCUCCAUGAUCAAGGUGUUGCUCAUCGUGACAUAAAACCAGAAAAUAUACUUUGUUCAUCUAUUGAUGGUUUAGAAUGUGUCAAAUUAUGUGAUUUAGAUUUGGCAACUAAAUUAUCACCCAUCAAAAGAAGUCCAUCUGUUGAUUCCCUGAGUGAUGGUGAUUUUGAAUCCCCUGUUGGAAGUGCAGAAUUCAUGGCUCCCGAAGUUGUUGAGAGAUUUAUGGAUGAAACAUUAAAAUAUGAUAAAAAAGCCGAUACAUGGUCAUUAGGUGUUCUUAUUUACAUAAUGUUGUGUGGAUAUCCACCAUUUUAUGGACAAUGUGACAGUGAAGAUUGUGGGUGGACAAAAGGAGAAAUUUGUGAUGAAUGUCAAGAUAGUUUAUUUGAAAAUAUUAAACGUGGUUAUUUUGAUUUUCCCGAUGAUGAUUGGAGAAAUAUAUCAGAUGAGGCAAAAGAUUUAAUUUGUCAUCUUUUGGUACGUAAUGCUCGUUAUCGUUAUUCAAUAGAUGAUGUUUUAAAUCAUCCAUGGAUUACUAAACAAUCACCAAAUAUACCAUUAGUUACACCAAGCAAUCUUGAAAGAAUCGAAAGUGCUCGUGAUAUCAAUCAAAUUAAUCAAAAUUUUAAUGCUAUUAAACACAUUAAUUCAGAUCUCGAUGGGACAAAUUAUGUGAAUAGUCAAGUUAAAUUAAAUUUGAAUAUUAGCAAAAAUCUUAUACCAUUACAAAAUGGUUUUUAUAAUACAAUUCCAAAAAGAGGGCACGCUUUGUCGGAAGACUUUUUUAAAAAUAUGGAAAAUUUUGAAAACAAUGAUGAAAUUAUACCAAAAUCUCUGUUAACUGUAAAUUGCCGUGAUAACAAUUGCAUAUAUCAGACAAUAAAAGAACCACAUGAAAUUUCACCAGCUGGUACUGUUGACUCAGGGGUAAGCGAUAUGUCCUUACCAAAAAGACGCCAUCGUCUUUAUUCAAAUUCUUUUUCACCAACAAAAACUAAGAAAUUUGAUCCAAUAUAUUAUAAAAAUUUCUGGAUAACAUUACCGAAAUCUAAAAAAAAUGAAAACUGUGAUGAAUCAUUGACUAUUAUUCAAUGCACUACCAAUAUGUCACAUUUAAAUUUAUGCUCUCAAAAAGUUAAUGAAAAUUGA